AGCGUCGGUCUUACCGUGACUCUGAAAUACGCGAGCGCGCGAAGCUUUCAGUAGUAAUUUGCUAAGGAAGUGUGGUGGAUGAACGUAUCACCAUGACCACGAAAAGUGAUAAUAGUGACGAGACCCCAGUGACUUUUGAGGACGCUUUGGAAAAAACAGGCAAUGGGGUCUACAACAUCCUACUAGUAAUGACCUGUUCCCUCAUCCUGCUGGCCAUCGGCAUAGACCUGUUCGGGUUCAGUCUGGUGGUGGCAGCAGCCUGCGACCUGGAGCUGACCGUCUUCCAGAAGGGAAUACUGACUUCUUUGCCUUUUGUUGGUAUCCUCCUAGUGUCCUACCUAUGGGGUUACGUAUCAGACACGAGAGGGCGUCGCUUCACGCUGGUGAUACCUCUGCUGCUCUCCUUCAUACUGUCCUGCAUCAGCAGCCUGUCUCCUCACUGGCUGUUCUUAGGACUCUUCAAGUUUCUGUGUGUUUGUUUUGCAUGUGCUGCAAACUCAGCGACCUACACUCUGGUGGGAGAGUCAUGUAUCCAGAGAGUGAGGAACCGGUACAUGCUGAUGAUGACCUGUCUUCUGUUGCUGUCCCCGGCCGUGGCUGGUGUGCUAACCUACCCAACACUGAAACUAAAGUUCGCCGUGGCAAUGCCCUGGUUGAACAUAGUCUUCAAACCCUGGAGGCUGCUGAUCAUAGUCCUGGCCCUACCUUCAGGGCUCGGAGCCCUGGGCAUGUACUUCUUCUCCGAGUCUCCCAAGUUCCUCUUCAAUUCUGGCAGAAGUGACGAGGCUUUAGCUGUUCUGAGGAGGAUACAUGCUGCUAACCAUAGGGGUUCUAAAGAGGAGUAUCUCGUGAAAACCUUAUCCCUCGAAGGCUACACCCAAAAGAAGCAGAUGUCCCUCAUCAGAGCGAUGUACGAGCAGAGCGCCCCUCUCUUCAGGAAGCCAUACCUCUGGAGGAGUGUCCAACUCUUCUACAUCGUCGCAGUCGUGUACAUCACUAACAAUAGCUUCUUAGUGUGGCUUCCGUACAUCCUCAACUUGAUCAGGAUAUCCUUGGUUGAUGGUGCAGCCACGGGAAAUAUUUGCGAACUCAUCAGCAACAUACCAGGGGGCAAUUCUACUAGAAAUCUUGAAAACACUUGCAUCGGGACCGUAGAAGAAAGCAUCAUCUUCACUCUCAUCGCUUCCCAAUCCAUCUUCGCGUUCUUCAACUUCCUCAUCUCGUACCUUCAGAACAGGCGGAGAGUGGUGCUGAUCUGCAUCCUGUGCCUCUCUUCACUCAGUGGAACAGCCCUGAACUUAGUCCCGGAGCCUAUAUCCAGUGUGUUCUUCUUUAUGGUCUUCACGUGUACCUGUUUAGGAAUGGGCAUUUUGGCCUCUUAUUUCGUGGAUAUUUAUCCGACUUCUUAUAGGGGUAUGGCAGCUUGCCUGAGUAUCAUGGUGGGGCGCAGCAGUACAUUUAUCGGCAUCAAUGCUGUGGGGAACCUCAUCUUCAACCAGUGUCAAAUCACAUUCUACAUGUGGUCUUUAUUAGUUUUAAGUAGUGCAGUAGCUGCAUGGUUCUUGCCACCAGACAAGCCUGCUGAAGCCAAGCAAAAUGCAGUGUAACCACGGCGUAGUUAGGAAACUUAAAUAUAACUGUGAUUUAUUUUAUAUCGUUAGCAAAUAAGGAUGUUGCCGUUUAAAUAAAGAUAGAAAAUUGAAAUUUUAAGAAAUGCAAUGAUUGAUUGCGAGUGUUAUCUAAAAUAUACAUUAUAGCAAUUGCAACUGUAAAGAACUGAGCUUAAAGCUUAAAAUUGUACAUAAAAAAUAGCGAAAUUGCUCAUACUAUUAUGUACUUAGUUUACUUCCUAACUACAAUAAUAUUGUACUGAUGAUUGAAAAUGUGCUUUCCAGGGAGUUAAUAAUUUGUACCAACUGCCAUAAUCAAAAUGUUUCUCGAAAUAUUUUUAUUUUGAAAUAUCAUAAAAUUUUACAAACAUAUAAAUGUUUCGAUAUUUAUAAAUUGUUAUAAAAGUUUAAGACGUUAUAAAAUUAAUGAAUAAAUGAAAAAACUACAUAUAUUUAGAUAAAUAAUGUCAUUUAUUUAACUUUUUUAUAUGUAAAGCAUUAGGUAUCUAAAAUAAUUACAUCUGCCAUACAUUUUCCACACGUUUUUAACAUCACAUCACUUCAGUUUUUGAAUCACAGAACAAUAUUUUGUGAAAUGUUUUUCAAACAACUUAACUCUAAACAAUUUUGUUUCAUAACAUAAAGUCCUAUUAUUUCGCUCUUUUCUAGUGUUUUACACCAUUGCUCACUAAAUACCUAUUAUUAUAGCAGUUUUAUAAAAGACACUUUUGAAUUUUUAAAUCUAAUUUUUUAAGUGCCUUUCUCGGUAAAAAUGCAUCGUUAUUAGGAUUCCGUUGUAGUCCUAGUUUCCUAUGGAACCCGUAUAGUUUCGACAUGUUGACACUAUCUUAACAGUGGCGUUAAUUUAUUAUAUAGGUCCCCUAAGACGAAGAAGAUUCCUUUCUUUAUUUUCAAAUUAUACGCCAUAUUUUUAGUUUUCAUUAUUUAGUGAGAAAUCGUGAAAUCCCUCUUUAAACAAUAACCAUAGCUAGAGUAUAUUAAAAAUUAAAUUUGAUAAUUACCUA